AUGAAGCCAGAGAAUGGAGGAGCAGCGCCUUGGCACCCGGCCAAAAGGAGCUGCCUGGGUCGACUGACCACCCUCGAAACACUGCUCCUCGUAUUUGUAUGUCUUCUGAUUGGCGCCCUCCUAUCUGUGUUAUUUUUGUGGUUAUGGGUACUUGACGGUUAUAAAACGUUCACUGAUGGUCGUCCAAUAUAUCCACAACCAUUCGAAAACUCAUCGGUGGCAGUUGAUCGAUCGGCUAAGAAUCACAACGACGUCGUGUGCACCUCACGAGAGUGUGUAAGACUCGCCGGCUUUCUCGCUGAAAAUCUGAAUGCCAAAAUAAACCCUUGCGAAGACUUUUACGAAUUCGCUUGCGGAAACUACGGUCUAAAUAAGAAUCUCCCAGCCAACAAACCACUUCGUCAUACUAUCAGUGAUGUGCAAUCACGACUGAACAAACAGGUCAAAUCAAUGCUUCAAUCUCCGAUUUCACAAAACGAUAAGCCUUGGGAUAAACUUGCAAAGGGUUACUAUCAAAAGUGUUUGGACGAGGAUGAGCUGGAAUCGACUGGAGUGGAAGCAAUGAGAGAUAUUGCCAAAAGGAUUGGAGGUUGGCCAACUCUAGAAGGUGAUAAAUGGCAAGAAUGGUCACAUUCCUGGGAAGAACAACUCGCUUUGGUUCUCAAUCUCACUGGAGUUAAUGCAGUGAUUCUUGAAAUGGCUGUAACUCACGAUCCAUCAAACUCAAGUCGAAGUGUCAUUGAAUUGGAUCAACCAAAGUGGGGAGCUGGUUCUCGAUACCCCUAUUUGAGUGGCGCCAAUGAUCCGAUGCUCAGGAACUAUACAACACUGAUGAAACUGACUGCAGUGGCGUUGGGAGCUGAUCCAGCAGUAGCUGAGAAGGAUAUGAAUGAGGCAAUGGAGUUUGAACUGAAAUUAGUGAACUUCUCAGCUGAUGAUAUGGUUCGGAGGGAUCCCGAACGUGGGAAUAAUCGAUUCGAGUUGUAUCAGUUGAAGAAAAUGUUUCCAUUUAUAAACUUCGAAAAGUACCUAAAAACAGUGUUCAAGGAGCUGGUCGACGUCUCUCCAAAUCAUACAGUAAUCGUCAGAGAGAUUGAUUAUUUUCAGGGAAUUCAGCACGUCCUCCAAUCGACACCAAAACGAGUUCUGGCCAACUACAUUUCGUGGCGUCUGGUCCAAGGUGGGCCCACCGGAGACUAUUUCAGUUUCUCUCCGUUUUUACCACCAACUGCUCGAGAGCCAUUCUAUCAAUUCAAGGCUAAUCAGACAGGAAUGUUCAAUAGUCCUCCUCCCGAUAGAUGGGAAGAUUGUGUCACUUUAUCAGUGAUCAUGAUGGAUAUGCCAGUUGGACGACUCUUCGUCGAAAAUUUCUUCGAAAAAGAACGAGCGAUGAACAAGAUGACCGAACUAACCUCCUACCUCAAAAACGAAUUCAUAAAACAACUUCACGUACUCGAUUGGAUGGAUGAAACGACCCGAAGACGUGCCAUCUCGAAAGCCAAUAUGAUCGAAUACAAAUCAGGCUUCCCGAUGGUUUUAUUCAACGACACUUGGAUGGAAAAGAAUUGGGGAAUGGUUAUUAAGCCAAGAGAAUAUUUGCUCCAUCUGACUAUUCGAGUGAAGCUAGUCAGGUUUACUGAAGAACUGUUGCGUUUGGAUCAACCACUGGAUAGGUCAAUGUGGUUCCAGAGUCCAGCACAAGUUGAUGCUUAUUACGCCCCGAAUAAUAAUGAAAUGAUUUUCCCUGCCGGCAUAAUGCAAUUCCCAUUCCUGACCCUUGGCGUUCCUAACUACAUAACCUAUGGAAUGGUUGGAGCAGUCAUCGGACAUGAAGUAUCCCACGCAUUCGACGAUCAAGGUGGACAAUACGACGAACUGGGAAACCUGAAUGACUGGUGGGAUGCUGAGACAGAAGAGAAGUUCAUCGAGAAAACAAGAUGUUUCGUCCGUCAAUACGAGAAUGUACAUGUUGUAGAAGCGGAUAUUCAUCUGAAUGGUCAACUGAGUCUUGGAGAGAAUAUUGCGGAUAAUGGAGGUGUCAAGACAGCCUUCAAUGCGUACAAGGCGUGGAAGUCAAACACAACAGGGAUCAGUGAGCCAGCGUUGCCUGGCUUCCAGAACUUUACCAGCCAGCAGAUGUUCUUCUUGGCGUAUGCUAAUAACUGGUGCUCUCUGGUCCGUCCCAAGCACUACAUUCAAAUAAUCCUAACCGACGUACAUGCUCCAUCGAAGUAUCGUGCGAUGAUUCCCCUCCAGAAUCGUCCCGAAUUCGCGAAAGCGUUCCAAUGCCCCAUUGGAUCUCCAAUGAAUCCAGAGAGAAAGUGCCAAGUUUGGUAA